AUGUCAGACACAAAGGUCUACCGCGCGAGCACCACCGCUCCCGUCAACAUUGCCGUUGUCAAAUACUGGGGCAAGCGCGAUGCCAAGCUCAACCUCCCCACCAACAGCUCCCUCUCCGUGACGCUCUCGCAAAACGACCUCCGCACCCUCACCACCGCCUCCUGCUCCUCCACCUACUCGGGCGACGACAGCCUCCUCCUCAAUGGCGAGCCCUCUGACAUUUCCGGCGCGCGAACCCAGGCCUGCUUCCGCGAGCUGCGCGCCCGCCGAGCCGCUCUCGAGGCUGCCGACGCCUCUCUGCCCAAGCUGUCGACCUUGCCCCUGAAUAUUGUCUCCGAGAACAACUUUCCCACAGCCGCUGGCCUGGCCUCGUCCGCUGCUGGCUUCGCCGCCCUCGUCCAGGCCAUCGCCAACCUCUACGAGCUCCCCGACUCGCCCGCGGAGCUGUCCAUCAUUGCUCGCCAGGGCUCUGGCUCUGCCUGCCGCAGUCUGUUCGGCGGCUACGUCGCCUGGAGAAUGGGCGACAACAAGGACGGCAGCGACUCCAAGGCUGACCUCGUCGCCCCCGCAUCGCACUGGCCCUCCAUGCGAGCCCUGAUUCUGGUCGUCAGCGCCGCCAAGAAGGGCGUCUCCUCCACCUCCGGCAUGCAGCAGACCGUCGCCACCUCUGGCCUCUUCAAGUCGAGAAUAGAAACCGUCGUGCCCGCCAACAUGGCCCUCAUGGAGGACGCCAUCAAGAACCGCGAUUUCCCCAAGUUCGCCGAGGUCACCAUGCGCGACUCCAACUCGUUCCACUCCACCUGCGCCGACACCUACCCCCCCAUCUUCUACAUGAACGAUGUUUCCAGGGCCGCAAUCCGCGCCGUCGAGGCCAUCAACGCUCAGGCGGGCAAGACCGUCGCCGCCUACACCUUUGAUGCCGGCCCAAAUGCCGUCAUCUACUACCUGGAGGAGGAUGCGGCCACAGUGCUGGGUGCCUUUGCGCCGCUCGUCGCCGCCACGGAGGGCUGGAAGGAGGGAAGCGCCGCAACCGCCACCGUCAAGCUGGACGAGGGCAUUGCAAGCACAAUCAAGGAGGGCGUCAGCAGAGUGAUUAUGACGGGCGUUGGCGAGGGUCCGCAGAAGACGGAGGAGUUUUUGAUUGCUGAGGAUGGCACGCCUGUGAAGCGAUAG